GAAAAAUGAUUUCGUCUCUUCGUUUUGUUUGGAUUUUCUCGCUUCUUAUUCACACUGGUGAUGGUUUCAUCGUGGGCCAAGUAACAUGCGAUAACAUCAUGGAAUUUUAUGCGGAUGGAGUUUUGAUCGAAUCGAGUAGUGAUUGGACGCAAGUGUCCACGGUGACCCUACCGGACACUACGACCGUUCUAGGGUUUUUCUGUCGCGACCAAGGCGUUGUCGCUGGUAUCAAGGGAUUUUUCAGUAAUGGUAUAAAAACAGACGGAACGUGGAGAUGUAUAGCUGAUGAUAUCCAUGGUUGGGAAGACCCUGAUUUUGAUGACAGUGCGUGGCCCCUCGCGAUCUUACCCGCCCCUACGGUCUGGGGGACACGGCCCCUGAGUUUAUUUGGACAGGCGGAUUGGAUUUGGACGGCCGGAGGUGUUCACGAUUCCCGAGUUUAUUGUAGAAAAACAAUUCCAAAAGAUCAAAGAUGCACUAGUAUGUUAACCUCUCUUACUCUGUUAACUAAGAUAGUGAACGAAUCUCUUGCAAACGUCCUGCUCGGCAUCAGCGGUGGUUUUACAGACGUCAACACGGCGGUUCAAUCUGCCGCUAAUACUGCCUUAGCUGGGUCCAUUAUAACUCUGGAACAAAUCGACAGAGAUCUUCUCCUUAUUCUGAAAGAGCUCUACGACGAUUAAAAAUUCUGAAAAUAAAUUUCAAUUGUUUGGUCAUCCUAAGAGGUAGUAUACCUUGAAAGACAAACGAAUUAGAAACUCAAGUACUUACGAUAUAAAGCUCAAAACGUAAUCUUAAUUAAAAUUAGACCAAACUUUCGUUCCGUUUUUUGUUAGCUUUUAUUUUUAAUAUAACCACUUCAGUUAGGGUCUAACGACAGCCCUUUUGAACGAUCGUCAAAUUAACCUUUUGACCCAGCUGGUAUCGGGAACACUGAUAGCAUUUGCUCCAUUCCAAUUUUCAAUCAGGAACCACAGAGUGGUAUCAGGUGUCUAGAAGAGUAAGCAUACCCUGUCUGGCACUUCCUAAAAUACUGAAAUAAUGAUUUUUUAAUUCAAUUUUUACUCCAAUUCCGUUCUUUUAAAAAAUCAUUUGCAAUAAAUUCUUAUUUUAACUGU